AUGCCGAUCACCAGCGACGGAAGACCUUAUGCAGAACCGGAUGAGAUUUGGGAUGGACUGAGGAGGACGGUGUCAAAGAUGACGGGACGAUCGAAAACCGGGAGCGAGGCGAAACAAUCUACGCAUCAAGAGAUGGAAAUCCGAUCGCAUGGGCGUACACGGUCGCAUCGGACGCAACCCAUUGACGAGCUUGACGAAGAGCCCGGGAUACCCAUUGUUGAUGCCGAAGACGACUUUCCUGAGGGUGGACUUCGGGCAUGGCUCGUUGUCGCAUCGGCAUGCUUGAUGCUAUUCCCUUCGUUUGGGUUUAUGGUUUCCAUUGGCACGCUUCAGGACUAUUGGGGCCAGAACCAGCUCUCGUACAUGUCAGCGCGUGAUAUUGGAUGGAUCCCAUCGGUUUUCGUUUACCUCUCACUUGCGCUGGGCAUCUGGGUGGGACCGCUCUUCGACCGUUAUGGGCCACGAUGGAUCGCGCUGACAGGGAGUGUCAUGUUUCUCUUGAUGAUCUUCCUGCUUGCCGAAUGUGACCAGUUUUGGCAGAUGAUCCUUUGCUGCGGUAUACUGGGCGGGUUUGCUGGCGCCAUGUUGACCACUACGAGUCUCGCAGUAGUCGCGCAUUGGUUCAAGGAGCGACGAGGUCUGACGCAAGGCAUCGCCAUGAUGGGUAGCUCCGCUGGUGGUUUGGCAAUCCCGUUGAUGCUGCGGACCACUCUUCCAAAGUACGGCUACGCAUGGUCGCUCCGGAUACUGGGCUUUGUGUUCCUCUUUUGCUUCAUCGUCGCCAACAUUCUGAUGAAAGCUCGCAUUCCGCCGUCCGCUGCCGCAAAGAACAAAGCCAUAAUCUCCCUCUCCAUCUACGGCGAUUUGCGAUUGAGCUUAUUCACGUUGAGUGUUUUCGGUUUCGAGGUCGUUCUCUUUGGUGGACUGGGCAUUAUGCCUACAUAUGCAACGCUGAGCACCGACUUUCCGCCUGAUACUGGCUUCUAUCUCAUUGCUGUACUCAAUGGUGUAUCUUGCCUCGGACGUCUAUUUCCCGGUUAUGCCGCGGAUAAGAUUGGUCGAUUCAACACCCUGUUCAUCAUGAUCGUCUUCACCUUGCUUUGGAUGCUAGUCUUGUGGUUGCCACUCGGUACAACAUCACUUCCAGCACUGUACGCUUUCGCAGCGCUCUUCGGUUUCGGUACGGGUUCCUGGAUGGCGUUAACGCCUGCAUGCGUAGGACAGCUAUGCAGGGCAGAAGAGUUUGGUCGAUACUAUGGAAGCAUGUACUUCAUUGCUUCCCUUGCGACGCUGGUCUGCAUUCCAAUCAGUGGAGAGCUUGUUCAGACAGUCGGGCCUCAGCCUAUGGUAGCCUUUUUCUGUGCGAUUCUCGGCUUGUCACUGAUCAGCUUCUUGUUCAGUAGGUGGGCGUGUUUGGGAAGGCGUUGGACGCUGAAAGUGAAGGUCUAA